CCCCUCACCCCCCUGAGCUACUCAGGUGGGGGCCGGAGCAGCGCCCAGGUGUCACUGGCUGAGCAACCGCCCUGGGACCGGGAUGUGGAGCUGCUGGUGUAUUACACGGAGCCGCACAAGCCCAGCGCGGUGCUGGAGGCUGGGCUGCCUGGAGCUGAGCCAGGCUCCCUGAUGGGCGACCCAGCCGUGAUGGUGACCCUGCUGCCCAAACUGCUGGAGGCGGGGCUGAGCCAGAGCACGGCCGGCGAGUUCGUCUUCCUACUGGAUCGCUCCGGCAGCAUGGACUGCACCAUGGACGCCCGCGCCGACUCCCCCCGGCGCAUCGACAGCGCCAAGGAGACCCUGGUCCUGCUGCUGAAGAGUUUGCCCCUGGGCUGUUACUUCAACAUCUACGGCUUUGGGUCCGAGUUCGAGUCCUUCUACCCGUGA